AUGGGCGCUUCUAUAAUUGACAUCCAGCGCGACAUCCUCAUAAGCACAAUCCGCCAUGCCGUCGGCCAUGAAUGGAAAGUUCUGGUGGUGGAUGAACAGAGCAGGAAAUUGAUCAAUGGAGCUAUGAAAGAGGAAGAGAUUCUCAAUAUGAACAUUUCGAAUGUCGAGCAAAUCGAGCACCGCCGACCGUCGAACCCUGAUAUGGAUGCGCUUUACAUCUUGUCCCCUGAAUCAUGGAUUGUUGACUGUCUCAUGGCUGACUUCGAGGUCGCUCGAUACCGGCGGGCGUUCUUGGUGUGGACUUCAUUUCUCGACCCUCAGCAACGACUGCGACUGGACCGGUCCGAAAUGGCGCGCAAACAAAUUGCAGACUACCGCAUCAUGAACAUCAGUUUCUACCCCCGAGAAUCAAAUCUAGUCACAUUCCGCGAUCCAUACAGCUUUCCCAUUCUCUUCCACCCAGGCUGCAACAAUUUAGUUCGCAAACAUCUUCAAGAGCUGGCUCAAAAGAUCGUCUCGCUCUGUGCCAGCUUGGGCGAGUAUCCAGUCAUCCGGUACUACCGGCCCCAAGCACCUAGCCACGAAGCUGCUGUUUUGUGCUCCCACCUCGCUCGCUUUGUUCAAGAUGAGCUCGAUCAAUUUGCUCAAUUUCAACGCGAUUUCCCCCCACAAUCCAACCGACCCCGAGGUGUCCUUCUCAUCGUUGAUCGCUCCAUGGACACAUUUGCACCUCUUCUUCAUGAAUUCACCUACCAAGCCAUGGUUCAUGACCUGCUGCCAAUCAAGGACGGAGAUAAGGUCACUUAUAAGACAGUAUUCAACGAGGGCAAGCCCAAUGAAGAGACCAAGGAUAUGGAGAUCGGGGAAGCGGAUAAAGUAUGGGUUUCGUACCGACACAUGCAUAUGAAAGACCUGCUUGGCAAGCUGGGAGAAGACUUUGCCAAAUUCAGAGCUGCCAAUCCCCAGUUCGCGGAAGACAAUGACAAAACGAGCGUAAACGUCAUCAAGGAUAUGCUUGGAGGUCUAACUGAGUUCACAGAGGGCAAGGAUUCAUACACACUGCAUCUGAACAUGGCAGAGGAGUGCAUGAAAUUUUUCCAGGAUAACAAACUCCUGGAGGUGAGCUCCAUCGAACAAUCAUUCGCCACUGGUCUCGAUGAAAACUUCAAGAAAGCCAAGAACCUGGCAGCACAACUGGUGCAACUUCUUGAUGAUGAGCAAGUCACUCAUCCUGAUCGACUUCGUCUAAUCCUUUUGUAUAUCAUGUACCGCGGUGGCUUACUCGGCGGUGAUAUCCGAAAGCUCAUGGCACACUCUCAGCUGCCAGGAAAUAACGGCCAAGUGAUUGCCAAUCUCGACCUCCUUGGUGUGCGUGUAGAGAAGCCCUUGAAGGAUGACAAACCUCAAGUACAACCAUUAUUCAACCGCCGAGUCCAAGCUCCCGAGGGAGAAGAACCCAGCCUGUCACGUUAUGAGCUGGCACUCAAGCAAAUGUUGGAAGAGCAGAUCAAGGGCUCACUAGACACAACUUUCUUCCCCUUUACCCGUCCUCACACCGAUUCCGAUGGCAGCAUGGCCGCACAAGAUAUGAUAUCUCAGCAGGCUUCACUCCGCAGCGCCAAACCAACUUGGGCUCGCACACGAACUGUGGACCAACCUCGGCAGCGCAUCAUCGUUUUUAUGGCCGGUGGCGCUACUUACUCAGAAUCUCGCGCCUGCUACGAAAUCUCUCAGGCUCACAACCGAGAUGUCUUCCUUGCUACCACACACAUGCUUAACCCGGGUCUUUUUAUGCGCCAAGUGGGAGAUCUCAGCGUCGACAAACGCCGUCUAGAUAUCCCUGCCGAACGCCCCAAGCCUACUGCACCCGCUCAUCUUUUCGAGCGCGAUCCCCCACCGGCUCCAGCUGCGCCGCCACAGCAAAAGAAGCCUGCUCCCAAUCUCAACCAGCCAGCUCCCCCAGAUCAGCAGAUGGCUAAAAUGUCCCUGAAAAACGGGUCAAGUGGAGCACCUCCAUCAUCCUCUGGGAAAGUGCUGAAGAAGGACAAAGAAAAGAAAGAAAAGGACAAGGACAAGAAGGAUAAGAAAUACCGUUUCUUCUAG